GGUACAGCGGUUAGAGGGGAGAGUAGAUCAAGAGCGGUGACUCGCCCCCGAUUUCGUUCCGGCCGAUUUCUGUCGCGUCAGCUGUUCGCCGCCGAGCGAGGACGGAAGAAGAGGAGGAAGAAGAAGAAGAAGAAGAAGAAGAAGAAGAACCGAAGAACCUCUUCCCGCGUGACUCUGUUGGAGCGCCGGCGCGAUCACCUCGCGACUUCACUUCGUAACUCCUCGUAUUCUCCCAGGAGAGGAUGCAGCAGGCGAACGGCAACGGUGCCCCGGUCUCGCCGAGGAAGAAACAACGGAUGUCCGGCGGUUCCAUAUCCAAGGUCACGGUGGUCCUCGGCGCGCAAUGGGGCGACGAGGGCAAGGGAAAGGUCGUGGACAUGCUGGCGAUGGAAGCUGACGUCGUCUGCAGGUGUCAGGGAGGAAAUAAUGCAGGGCAUACUGUAGUUGCAGAAGGUGCCGAAUUCGACUUUCACCUUCUGCCUAGUGGAAUAAUCAAUCCUAGAUGCAAAUCCGUUAUAGGCAAUGGAGUAGUGAUUCACCUGCCUGGUCUGUUUGAUGAAUUGGAAAAGAACGAGGCUAAAGGGCUUAAAAACUGGGAGGACAGACUUGUAAUAUCAGAUCGGGCACAUAUAGUGUUUGAUUUUCAUCAACAGGUUGAUGGAUUGCAAGAAUUGGAGAAAGGUACGCAGUCAUUGGGAACUACGAAGAAAGGUAUAGGACCGACGUAUUCGAGCAAAGCUGCCAGGAAUGGACUCAGAAUCGGAGAUCUCCUUGGUGACUACGACAAGUUCUCCCAGAAGUUUAACACACUAGUUACAUCGUAUCAAAAAAUGUUUCCUGCUUUACAUGUCGAUGUUAAGGCCGAAUUGGAACGUUACAAGGAAUAUGCUGAGCGUAUAAGGCCGUAUGUGAAGGAGACGGUGCAAUACUUGCACCAGGCUUUAAAGGAUGGUAAAAAGGUUUUAGUGGAGGGUGCUAACGCAGCAAUGUUGGAUAUUGACUUUGGAACUUAUCCAUAUGUGACAAGUUCGAAUUGCAGUAUUGGUGGGGUAUUAACCGGUCUUGGUUUACCUCCUAACACAAUCGGCCAGAUAAUCGGUGUCGUAAAAGCCUACACCACCAGAGUCGGUGACGGACCAUUUCCCACAGAACUUUUAGAUUCUACUGGAGAAUUAUUGCAGAAAAGAGGCCACGAAUUCGGCGUAACCACAAAGCGAAAGAGACGAUGCGGGUGGCUAGAUUUGCCAUUGUUAAAAUUUACAACGUUGGUUAAUGGAUAUACAGCUAUAUGUUUAACAAAACUUGAUAUCUUGGAUAUAUUAUCAGAGAUAAAAGUGUGCGUUGGAUAUCGGUUGAACGGGAAGGACAUAGAAUACUUUCCAGGCAGUACUUCUGAACUAGCGAAGGUUGAAGUUGUAUAUGAGACAAUUGAAGGUUGGCAAUCCGCUACCAGUGAUGUACGUUCCUUAGAUAAAUUGCCACCUAAUGCACAAUUCAUCCAAAUUAUAGAGGAGUACUUAGAUGUGCCAGUCAAGUGGAUUGGUGUAGGAGCAGGAAGAGAGAGCGUAAUUGCUCUCUGACAACACACGAUCAACAAAAUAUUACUUAAAUUCACGGCAUUACAUGUAUUAUUAAUGUUAAUUGUAGUAUUUACUACCUGUAAUAUUUGCAAUGCAAAGCUGAUGAGCGCACAGUAAUUUACUUACAGCAAAAUGUACUUUAACAAUAAGUUUUCAGUGAAUGUAGUAUUCUCGAAUGCAUAUACAUAACAUUGUAUAAUUAUGUGACAAUGUAAGUGUGUAGUCAUUUUGUAGUUGUAUCUAACAGACAAGCCGAAGAUUAUUAGAAAAAAAAAAUGUUCCUUAUGUUAUUAUCCAUUUUAAGUAGAUUCUGUUAUUAGAGAUAAA